GUUGAGUUGAUUGAUUUUAAGAGCUAUACUGGGAAUCGAUCGAGACUACAUAGUAGAGUUUAAGCAUAAUCUGUGACACUCCUUGCAGGAUCACAGGAAAACAGAAUCUCCUGAGGACAGCGAGGACGAUAGGGGAUUGUGUUGGAAGGAGUUAUCUUCGUACCAGAAGGAGGGACUAUGGCGUGGCCUGUACCUGCCACCUAGUUUUACUAGCAUAUGUACUUCCCAGGCAUCGGAGAUCCUCCAUCUUACAAUCAACACAAUUUGUUACUUCAACAGAUUGGAAGUCCGGUAAUAGAAUGCGGGAUUCAGUGACAUGAUACAAGAUUCAUAAGUCAGACAACAGAGAACAGCGGAAAGGCUCUGGUUACAGCAUAGACAGAGCCCUAUAUAUCAAUCCAUUAUGACCGUCACAGAAAUAUCUAUCUUUUUAUAACUAACAACAUGUGUGCCAUGACUUCUCCUGAACUUCAAACCCCUGCUGCCGUUGCGAGGCCUGCAAGGGCGCGUAUGUGUCAUGCGAGACCAGCUGAGCAUCGCACGGCGUCGCUGACGACGCGGCGGCACCACCUCGCGCAAGCGCUCUCGUCUCCCCAUAACUGUAAGCUUGUGGUAGGGGUGGUGUAUAUUGUAGUAUAUGGUAUAUCUUCUGUUUAUUGAUGUGUCCCAGAUGCGG